GGGGAUGCAAUAGCCAGUUAUUAUUUUUUAAGAAACAUAUUUGCAUUAGAAUAAAACGCAUCUCCUUUUUUUAGGAAGUAAAUAUAGGCCUAAGUAACUUUAUGUUAAACAAAUCUUUAUAUCCUCAUUAUUUAGAAGUAAAUGUGUUUGCGUGUGGUUGAAACGUGACUAACCACUGAAAGUAUUCAGUGUGCAACUUCCCCAUAGCAGAAUGACGCGAUGAACUUCUCCCAGAGAGACUGAGCUCUUACAGUGUAUCGACUCUGAUCAAAUAAGUUUUUGUUUCUAUUAUUUUCAUGAACUUCAUGAUGUCCUUUCGUAAAUACAUCGCGCCUCUAGUUUUCUGUGCCCAAGUGGCCAGCUCGUUUUUUGACACCGCUCUCCAAAUGGUCGUUAAAGAACGAUGCGCAAACGCCACCGACCAGGACAGCGAGCAGAAAGCUAUAACCAACUUCAACAUGACCUUCAAUAUGUUGCUUAAGUUUAUGCCAAUCGUGCCUGCGAUCCUCUUGGCAAAGGUUGGAGACAAAGGUUACAGGAAAGUGCCAAUAGUUGUUCCUUUGGUUGGUUACUUUCUGUCCAGAGCUUUGCUCUUGUUGGAUAUUGUACUGGAAUGGCCUCUCCAGGUGUUGUACGCAGUCCCGGUGAUCCAUGGACUGUGUGGCGGGUUCGCAUCAUACUGGGCAGGUGUAAUGGCGCUGGUGUCGGUGUGCUCAGGUGAGGAAGAGCGGUCCGUGCGCAUCAUGAGGACGGAGCUGGUGUAUGGAAUUGCCGGUUUCGUUGGCAGUUUGGCUUCUGGUCAUUUAUUUAACCUCUACACUGUAGGUUUCAAACAAGGAGGCAUUUUAUCUAGUUUGAGUGUGCUACUGUAUUUCAUCUGCCUGCUCUAUGCGGCAUUUAUCCUGCGGUUCGAUCAUGCCUCAGCGCUUGGAGAAAGGCAGGAGCGACGGGAAAGUUUUGGGAUCAUAAACCAGGAAGCCCGUGAUAAAAUAAACAUCGCCUUGCUCUUCGUCAGUGGAAUUUUGUACGAUAUAGCAGUAGCGGGAGGGAUGGAGAUGUUGGCCGCUUAUGUGCUCAAAGACCCGCUGAACUGGGGCGCAACUGAGGUGGGUUAUGGAAACGCGGCUGGAUUCGUUCUCUUCAUCACCAGUUUUUUGGGUGUAAAGAUGUUCACAAGAUGUUCUGUUAAAGAUGAAAGCAUGAUCAUGGUCGGGAUGGUGUCUUUUGCAGUUGGGAUUUAUUUCAUGGCAUUUGUGACCACAACUCCAAUGUACUUUUUGGCCCGCUCUGUCACUCUGUUUGCUCUGAUUCCAAUGCCCACCAUUCGCUCACUGCUCUCCAAACAGGUCAAGGGAACCUCAUAUGGCAUUACCUUUGUCAUGCUCCAGUUGUCCUUCAAACUUGCAAGCUUGGUCACCACACCCAUCUACACUAAGAUCUAUCAAGUCACACUUGACACCUUCCCAGGGUUUGUCUUCAUACUAUCAAGCAUCUUCACUGUUCUUUCUAUGAUACCCAUUAGUAUUGUAGGAUGUCGCUCUGCAAGACAAAAUGGAUAUGAGAGCAUUCAAGGGAACUGACAGCAUUCAGCCCCAUCAAAGAAGACACUAAGUAUCUCUCAGAAAUGGACCAGUUAUCAAAAUAUGUAUCUUUGCACAAUAAAUGAUUUGUAGGUUUACACUGAUGUUACAACAGAAAAUAUCUGCUUUUAUAUCAUUCAGUUGACUAGAAGUCAGUUUGAAUAGAUAAUGUAAUAGAUAAUAUUAUCUGCUGGAAUAGAUAAUGUUAAUUCCUGUUGCACUGUGGUUAUACUUUCUGGUAAUGCAAUCUGUGUAGCAUCAUAUUUGCCAUGUUUUUUAGUCUACGUAUAAAACAACAUAAUGAACAGAACACAUGAUUAUUAUAUGUUGACAAUUUUUGGAUAUUUCGGAAACACUUAAGUUUCCAUUUGUUAACAUUAGUUACCUACAUUAUUUAACAUGAACUCACAUUUAAAGUUUAUUCAUUUUAAUUAACAUUUACUAGUAUAUUACUAAAAUCAAAAGUUCUGUCUGUAAAUAUUUAAUGGACCUGAUCUAACACGAACUAACAAUGAACAGCUUUAUUUCUAUUAACCAACAUUAACAAAGAUUAAUAAAUACAAAUACACAUACUGUUGUUUGUCCUAGUGGAAUAACAUAGCGAACAUACAUUUCAGUUAAGAACUGCUUCCUCUUUACAAAGUUUUAGGCAUAAAAACAUAUUAUCAAUAGCUUUCAAACAGGUAUUUGUAUUGUUUUGUGUGGGGUUUUUUUCUGUAUUGUUUUCUAUUGUCUUAGAUUUUCGUUGUAUUAUACAGCACUUUGGGUCAACAAUGAGUUGUGUUGAAAGAAAGAAAGAAAGAAAGAAAGAAAGAAAGAAAGAAAGAAAGAAAGAAAGAAAGAAAGAAAGAAAGAAAGAAAGAAAGAAAGAAAGAAAGAAAGAAAGAAAGAAAGAAAGAAAGAAAGAAAGAAAGAAAGAAAGAAAGAAAGAGAAAGACUCAUUCAUUGUUAGUUAUUGAAUUAACUAAUGGGACCCUAUUGUAAAUUCUUACCAACAUUUCUGUACUUCAUUGCCUAUUUGACUUCUUUUUUAGAUUUUUAUUGAACAGUUUUGCAAUAAAUAAUUGUUAUGUA